AUGGACUUAGAGAUUCCUAACCGAAAGGUUUCUAACGGUAAGUUGCCGAUUAGUUCGUUAACUAGGUUGUUGAAUGAGUCAAACUCGAACAAUAGCACUCCGAUACUUUCGAAGAACCAUUCACAGACGUCAUUGGAUUCUACCAGUGAAACGAUCACAUCGGGGCAUCAGAACCACGAAGUGUCAAGAGGUGAUGGACAGGGUCCAGAUUUGGGUUCAAACGAUGUGGAUGCUAUUACCGGUGGUGUGGGUGGAUUUACGAUGGAUGAUAAGUAUGACAGCAACUCAUUGGAUAUUUCACAACCGCAGGUUAUCAACGGGUUUGAUCCGUCGAUAGAUAUUGUUCCGGAAGAUUCGUUUUUGACUGUUGAGUCACCAAGGACUCAGCAGGGCAGAAACAGCGGCAAUAAUGCUUUCCAGUACAGAGACAUUCCAAUAAAACCACCUACCGUGGCUAGCCCCAGAACAAAUAGAACGGGAUCUGUAUCUCACUCGUCUUUUUUGACUUCAGGUGGAUAUGGAGGUGAAAGUAUGUCAUCGUCAAUCCCAUACAGUGCACCUGGAGGAAGAGGGCAUUUUUCUGGUUCAUUAACAAACAUUAACGGUAUGGGAAGUAAUUCGCUUGCAAAUUCAUCCUCAAGCUUUUCCAACGACGCUACUAUCACUCAUGAUAAUUCUCACAUUCCUAAUUUACCCAAUGGACAACCGAUUUCAUCGAUUCAUAUUCAAUCUCCUCAGGUUAAUUCUUCGUCGAUUGAGCCACGUUUUGUUAUUUCCAAACAGAGAGUUGCCCAGGCUCAGGCUUCAUUAAGUACUUCGAAUAAAUCGGGUUCUCAAUCUGGAUUGUCGUAUUUCUUUUCUUCGAAGAAUAAAGGCUCAAAUAAGAAGCAAUCGUCAUCAACAGAUUUAGGUUCAUUCUAUAAUAAUGCCUAUCAGGACUAUAACAAUUCUGUUGCAUUGAGUUCUCCGUCGUCUGUUUCGUCAAAUGAAUCAAUCAAUUCAAAUGCAUUUCCUGUGCCUUCAAGACAUAAUUCGAUGGCUAAUUUGAAGAGAUUCUUUAAGAAGUCAACUCCAGCUUAUCCUGCACCAACAUCGAGUUUAUCAUCGUCCUUGAGAUCUAAUGGAAGUGAGCGUAAUAGCAUUCCUGUUAGUAACGAUUCAAAUACUCCAACGAGUAGUUCGUUCCAAGCUGGUUCAUACGGACAAUCACUAACUGAAUCUUCAUCUAACGCAUCGUAUUCCCAGUCUCCUAAUACUAUGCUAACCAUUGGUUCGUCUUCCGUUAGCCGUUCCUCGUCAGUUUUGCAGAAUAAAAUGAAUUACCAAAGAGAAAGAAGAGGCUCUGUCCUGGUUUUGAUUAAUCCUCAACAGCAAUUACCAUUUUCAAAGAGAUACGGCAAACUAGGUGAUAAUUUAGGUGCUGGCGCUGGUGGUGCUGUGAAGUUGGUAAACAGAUUAUCUGAUAAGCAAGUUUUUGCAGUUAAGGAGUUUAGAGCAAAGUAUCAAAACGAAACUAAAAGGGAUUAUGCGAAGAAGAUUACUGGAGAAUAUUGCAUUGGAUCUACUUUGAAGCAUCCGAACAUUAUUGAAACCAUUGAAAUUUGUUACGAGAAUGAACGAAUCUUACAAGUUAUGGAAUACUGUGAUUUUGAUUUGUUUGCCAUUGUGAUGUCAAACAAGAUGUCUCGAGAAGAAAUCAACUGUUGCUUUAAACAAAUUUUAUCGGGAAUCAACUACUUACAUUCAAUGGGAUUAUCUCAUAGAGAUUUAAAACUUGAUAAUUGUGUUAUUGAUAAUAGGGGUAUUGUGAAGAUUAUUGAUUUUGGAUCUGCAGUUGUCUUUUCUUAUCCAUUCACAAAAACUUUGAUUGAAGCCCAAGGUAUUGUAGGUUCAGAUCCUUAUUUGGCACCUGAAGUGUGUGUUUUCAAUAAGUACGAUCCUAGGCCAGUCGAUGUUUGGUCUGCAGCUAUAAUAUACUGUUGCAUGAUGUUGAAGAAAUUCCCAUGGAAAGUUCCAAAAUUAUCUGAUAACAGUUUUAAAUUGUUUGCAAGCCGAGGUGAGAUGAUUCCAUUAUCUGAGAUGCUUAAAAAGGUUCCCGAACAAAGUAAUAUUGAUUUCAAUGAUAAAGAUGACGAAUUAGACAUCAGCGAAAUGAACCCUAUUUCGAUUUCUAAAUCGGCAUCAAGUAACUCACAAUCACUCGACUCCCAGGGUAAGUCACACACAUCGAGCGAAUCAGGUGCGGGAAGGUUAUUACUUGCUUUGCCAGAGGAUUGUCGUCCAUUAAUAGGGAAAAUGGUAGAAUUACCUCCAGCAUGUCGUAUUUCAAUUGAAGAGUGUUUUAAUGAUGACUGGUUAGCGUCUAUUGACAUGUGCUACGUGGACCAGAAAUUAACUCAAGAUGGGACGACAAACUUUGAAGUUGUGCCUUGUGAUAAUCAUGACCACACUCAAGUCGAUCAAUCAAAAGCUCAUAUAGCUGCAUUUGAUAAGACUAAGAAAAAACAAUAA